ACCUACGGUGGCAAACCACCCCCUUUAUUAACACCGGCACCAUCCUUCCGUUAGCUUUUAACAGUUCGCUCAUAAGCCUUUCCUCCGUCGAUGUCGUCGAGUACCACUGACCCAGAAGUCAUCUUCAAGCUGGCUCUCCGCGUGGUCUGUGUCUCCUGGCAAUAUGCCGCUCAAUUACUCUAUUUACGCUAUCCCAGACUCAAAUCCAACGCUCUAUUAGUAUUGCUUCCGUUGGAGAAUCAAACAGGCUGGCAAUGCUGUCGGAUCUACAACUAUUGCUCCCACAAAAUCCACAGGAUUUUUCUACCACAACUCCAGGGAGGAUGGUAUACUGCAUCCUCUCAUGGCUGGCUUCUCACCGUUGCCAAUCAAGCCAUUCAUCUUUUAAAUCCCAUCACUAGCGCCAUCGUUAAGCUUCCUCUUGAGAAACGAUUCAGGAGGCCGGAAAUCUACCGGAUGAGUUCCAAGAAGCCGGAAACAGGGGAUCAUGCAUGGAUCAGAAUAAACAACUUCGUGGGACGGUGUUCCGAUGCAAUAUUCUACAAGGGUGACUUCUACGCCAUUGAUUUUUACGGUUACAUCUGGGUUAUUCAACCUACCGUCAACAACUUUCAGAAAGCAAUGAAACUGAGUGUAGAACUAGUCAAAGAGGGAUGCCAAUGCUAUUACUUGGUGGAGGUGAAGGGUGAUCUGUUGAUGGGGGUGAAGAAACAAUGUUUACUUAGUGCUUGUUAUAUUUACCGAAUGGACUGGGAGAAGAAAUCAUGGGUUCGGAUGAAAGCUAACGGAAGGAUGGUGCCGGUGUUAACAGAGGGGGUGAUUUGCCACUGCAGGUGAGUUGAGGGGGUGAUUUGCGCGUGAAGUGGGUUGAGGGGGUGAUUUGCCACCAAUUGUUGAGUUGAGGGGGUGAUCUGCACCUUUUGCCUUCUUUCUUUUCUUUUCUUUUUUUCUUUUUUUUUUUAAUACAAAAUCUACGCGGGA